GUGUUCGCAGAUAUGAUAACUUCCGGUUAUGAGCUUAUGACAUGCUUUUACGUUUAUGACUUCCGGUUUUUUAAAAUUAGAAUGUGUGAUUUUAAUUUCUGAUCGUGAAUGACUGACCUGUAUAACUAUAUAUGUAAAAGUGCUAUUCAAAAAAAAAAAAAAAAAAAAAAAAUUGAGGCGUGAUCAAGAUUUGAGAUAUCAGGGACAACUGAAGUGAUGGAAGGUACUCUCUGACACCAUAGGCUGCUAUGGAAACAGUUCGGUAUUUGUAAAACUGCUUAGUCCUCAACUAUAAGCAGUAAGAUUUGGGAGCAAUACACAGUUGAGAACUCCAAAGUCUGGCUAUUGAACCAGAAUGAAUUCCGUAGAAGACAGGAAGGACAGCCAUUCUAUAGCUUUGGAUAAUUGGACAUAAACCUGGGAUUAUUUUCAAAAUGGCGAUCACGAUGUGGAGUAGUGCUAUAGUGUUAAUAAUUUGUGUGAUUCACAAUAUUCCCGGAUUACUUUGCAAGGAAGUUAUCAAGUUGGGUUACAUAACCGGUUCGGAGAGAUACAGUAUUCGCCAGUUUUACCAUCGUCCCGGGCAGUCCAUUUCCGGGGCGAUAACUCUAGCCGUCAAGGAAGUUAACGAAGAUCCCACAAUCCUUCCGAACCAUACUCUGGAGUUUGUUAUCGCGGAAACUUAUGGAAUGGAGGUGAUUAGUAUAAAGGAAACCGUGGAACUCCUAAGUAAGGGGAUAUGGGGAUACAUUGGGCCUCAGGAGACGUGUAUUCAUGAAGGACGAGUUGCUGCCGCGUUCAACCUCCCAAUGAUAUCAUACUAUUGCUCGGAAUCCGAGGUGAGUGCCAAGACGUUAUACCCCACUUUCUGCAGCACGCGCCCUACGGCCUCCCACGUAUCCCGGAGCGUGGUAUCAAUAUUACGUCGCCUCAACUGGAAGAAAGUGACCUUUGUACACUCCAGCGAGCCGGAAUUUGUCCACACCGCAAAAACCAUCAGUAACCUACUUCCUGAGCACGAUAUCGAAGUGACGUUUACAAAAGAGUACAAGGGACCCUACUUUCACCUACAUACGGAGAAUCCGUUCGUCCGGAUCGUGUCUGAAACCUUCGUCGACACGCGCAUUUAUGUCAUGUUGGGCCAGUUCUACGACUUUAUUGGUCUGAUGGAUCAUCUGUAUGACCGCGGCCUACUGGACACCGGUGAAUACUACGUCGUUGGGGUCAUUCUCGGUCAGUACGACCAGACCGACCCACAGCGAAUCAUCAAAGGUAUCUUCUCUAGCAAUGUAUCAAUGUCGAGUGUAAUGGCCUUUCGAUACUUCAUUGGCGUGCUCCAGUCUCCCCCAGUAUACGAGGACUACAUGGAGUUCUCCGAAAAGGUCAACCACUACCUUGAGUUGCCGCCUUUUAAUUAUGUCAACCCGUUGAAGAACUACACCCUUAAAAUAAUUCCACCGGAAGCAGCAUUUCUGUAUGACGCAGUGUGGUUAUAUGCGCGAGCUGUCCAUGAGGUCUUGACCGAAGGGGGUGAUCCUAAAGAUGGCACAUUGGUAGCGUCAAAGCUGAAAUUUAAAACCUACAAAAGUGCCAUGGGAUACGAAAACAGCAUAAACUCUAAUGGGGAUGCCACGGGCAAUUUCUCCCUGAUCGCCCGGAAGUCCGUUCAGGUGGAUAACAAGACAGUCUGGCAUCUCAGUCCAAUCGGUGUAUUUCAGCUGCACGAGAAUUUCUCCGAACUUCCGGAGUUUCGAUUGUAUGAUGGAGAAUCGUUUGACUGGCCGUACGGGAAGGUCCCAGUAGAUGAACCGGCUUGUGGAUUUCGCCGGGAGAAAUGCAUCAGACCGAAAAGCUACACUACUGAAAUCCUGUUUGGUGUGGCGGGCGGUAUUCUGUUGGUCGUCAUCAUAAUAAGUAUUCUUAUAUACAGGAACUGGCGAUAUGAACAAGAUCUGGCAAGCCUUCUGUGGAAAAUUGAUUAUAAAGACAUAUCGAUGCAGAAUCAAUUUGGUGGCACUAUGAACCAUAUGCUGUCAACGAACAGGACGAGGAUUGGAAGAGCUACAAGUCAAAUAUCGUUAGGAUCCCAGAACGAGAUUGACUUUCGGCAACUGUUUACAAAGGUCGGGACGUACCGAGGGACAAUAGCCGCCAUUCGUAUUGUCAACAAAAAGAACGUGGAAUUAACUCGCAAUGUCAGGAAGGAACUCAAAUUGAUGCGUGAAUUACGACACGAUAACAUUAAUCCAUUUAUCGGAGCUUGUAUUGAUUCUCCUCACAUACUGAUAGUGUCCGCCUACUGCCCGAGGGGUAGUCUACAGGACAUUUUGGAGAAUGAUGAUCUUCAGUUAGACAGCAUGUUUAUAGCGUCACUAGUAUUUGAUAUCAUCAGGGGAAUGAUAUACCUUCACGGCAGUGAGAUCCGUUACCAUGGUAAACUUCGGUCCUCUAACUGUGUAGUGGACAGUCGGUGGGUGGUCAAAAUCACGGACUUUGGACUCAACGAAUUUGUUGCUGGAGCAGAGGAGAACUUUGAAGAAUAUGCAUACUACAGAAAUUUGCUUUGGUUAGCUCCAGAGAUAUUACGCAGGAAUAAAUUGAGACGAAUUUCCGGUACACAGGUAGGAGAUGUGUACUCCUUCGCCAUUAUACUAUACGAAAUCCACAGCCGCAGAGGACCAUAUGGUAACACAACACUAUCACCUAAAGAAAUAAUCAAGCGUGUAGCCUCCGCCACCAUUGACCCCCCAUUUCGUCCCCGCCUUGCCGAGCUGGAUACUACGCCCAAGUUUGUCACGGAUGUGAUCAAGGAGUGUUGGGACGAGGACCCUUUCAAACGACCAGACUUUAAGACAAUAAGAACCAAACUGAAACCUCUACAAAAAGGAAUGAAACCCAACAUUUUCGACAAUAUGAUCGCCAUUAUGGAAAAAUACGCCAGUAACCUUGAAGCUGUAGUGGAAGAACGGACUGAUCAACUGAUUGAAGAAAAGAAGAAGACGGAGGAACUGCUACAACAAAUGCUUCCAAGGUACGUGGCAGAACAGCUGAAGCGAGGGAAGGAAGUGGAAGCCGAAUCGUUUGACUCAGUAACCAUCUAUUUCAGCGAUAUAUGCGGGUUUACUGCGAUGUCAUCUGAAAGCACACCAAUGCAAGUUGUAAAUCUACUGAAUGAUCUGUACACACUGUUCGACUCCAUCGUUGAGAACUAUGACGUGUACAAAGUAGAGACUAUAGGUGACGCCUACAUGGUGGUCAGUGGUCUACCUAAAAGGAAUGGCAUCAACCAUGCUGGAGAAAUCGCCUCCAUGUCACUCCACCUACUAGACGCCAUAAAAAAGUUCCGGAUGCGACACCGUCCUGACACGAUCCGCCUGAGGGUAGGGAUCCAUUCUGGUUCGUGUGUGGCGGGCGUGGUGGGACUUAAAAUGCCGAGGUACUGUCUCUUUGGUGACACAGUCAACACUGCGUCCCGCAUGGAGUCUACAGGGGAAGCCUUGAAGAUCCAUUGUUCGAACACAACACGUAUGCUUUUGGAGGACCUGGGCGGUUACCACUUAACAGAGCGGGGCAUGGUUACCAUGAAGGGUAAGGGUGACGUGUUGACCUUUUGGCUGAUUGGCGAAGACAAGCGUCACCGGUUAAAACGUCUGUCCACAAGUGAUAGUCCUGUUAAAAGUCCGUCCCUCUCCGGCAAUAACAACAGGGCGUCAAAUAUCCAGUGUGUUUGUAGGCCUCCGGAUAUAAACGAACCUCUAGGCAUUGGUUUGACGGACAACCAAUAUGUUAAACAAAAUGGCGACGCUGUACCACUUUUUAAUAAUCCAGGAGCCAACAAACAAAAUUUCUUAAAAAUGUGGCCUCAGAAACAGAUCAACAAAAUGUCUUCUCCUAAAUCAUGGAAACAGCUUCAUUUCUCAGACAGUGAGAACGAUGAUAAGGAUCAAGAUUGUCUCAAUAGUCGCGUUUCUGUGGAGAUGUCGCCACUUAUCACUUCCGGCCAGGGAUCUUUCCGUUCUUCCGGUUACCCGUAUGAGGAAGUGUAGUCAAUAUACUAUUUUCAGAUCAGCCGCUAUCUACUGUAUGCUGUGAUCAACCAUGGUGCACACUGUAGCUGAUACAUAGAACUAAUAUUGUUUUAUAUUUCUAAAAAAGCCAAACGUUCACAUCUUCUAGCUUUUAUCUACAUGUAUACCAUUGACCGAACUUGACAUAUUUCUUACAUGAAACAUUUUUUUAAUGUAAUGGCUUUUCAUUUUAAGUGUUCUUCUUCCUUUGCUUCCAAUUUAAUGAAACAAUAACAUCUCGUACAUUCAACUGUAUCAUUGUUUGUAUAGAUUCGUUUCAGUAUCUUAUACUUUUGUUAGAAGUGUGAUAGAGGCGAUCUAGUACAUUGUGUAAUGUGAUAUGUUUGAGUAAAGUAGAUUUUACAAGGUGCUGCGCUUUCAGUACAUACGAACCGUUUAACUGUAUGCAUUCGUUUAAUGACUCAUUAAAUACAAUUUUGAGUCUUGACUAUUUCAAAUUCAAUACAAUUUAAAUGAACUAUAUGGUAUGGGACUCGAAAUGGCUUCAUCAGAAUAUCAGAAAUAAAAAAAGGCACUAACUUUAACAACUUUAAAUCUUUAUGAGACGUAAUCAGCAAAAUAUGUAAUUAAACGAAAACAAUAAAUUACCUCCGUGUGACUGAAAGCAUAUUGGAAUGCAGGCGUCAGCUUCUCCAACGGAAACCCCAACCGUAUAAAUCUACGUCACGUCUAUCAGACAAGUUAUGGUAUUGUUGAAAAUCGCCAUUUUGUUUCCCACAUCAAACUUUAAUUUGAAUCUGAUAAUUGUGAAAGUAUCGUUAUUUAAAUAUUCAUUGUCUGCCAUAAGGCAAAUCGAUCUUCAUACCGAUGAUACAUGUUUCUUCAUUUUGUUAGAGGCUUGGUAAAACAGAAUACGCGAAGCUAACUGUGAUAUUUGGUUACUGUUUUGAUGUAUAGAGUCUAAAGGCCACACACGAGUUGUGGAUGGCUGUGUUUCUAUGAUCGUGUUAAUCCACUAGGUAUAGUUUUCUAUGUUUAAGUUGAGCUCUGUAGACUCUCUUAUGUUGUUUGUGAAAACGGCAGUGCUAAAACAUUACUAAAGAUAUUUUUGUAGUAA